AUGUCGUGCAGAGGCAUACUGCAAGAUUAAGGCGCGUGUACUCAGUUGUUUAGAUCCGAGGUGAUUAAUGUUGUUUAUGAUAAUUAGACGACUAUGACAGCAAUGUUUAGAGGUUGUACUGGUCUUAAUCCUAGCGUAACACAAAAGAUUUAUCAGCAAGUCUUCUGUGGAAGACGCGGGCUGAAAAGCCAAGCAUGUGUGCACCUGAAAUCUGAAAACGAAAGUGAUGCAAGGAAAAAGACAGUGGAUGUCAAACACAGUUCGAAGUUGAAAGGCGUCAUUGGGUUAGAAAUUCACGCCCAAAUAGCCACCAAAACAAAACUAUUCUCAUCGUCUCGUAACGAAUUUGGGGGUGCAGUGAAUACACAGGUGUCCUACUUUGAUGCGGCAUUGCCGGGUACUUUACCAGUGCUGAACAGAGAAUGUGUGAUAGCUGGGGUUAAAUCUGCUCUGGCUUUAAACUGUAAAGUGCAGAAAGUUUCAAAGUUUGACAGAAAACAUUACUUCUAUGCUGAUCUUCCUGCAGGCUAUCAAAUUACCCAGCAGAGAAUGCCUUUAGCUGUUGAUGGCAGGUUGGAUUUUAUAGUUUAUAACCCAGCAGUUCUCAAGAUGCCAUUUGAGAAAUCUGUGCGUAUAAUACAGGUUCAGUUGGAACAAGACAGUGGGAAGAGUCUACACGAUGAAGAUGGGGGUUAUAGCUUAAUCGAUCUUAACCGAGCUGGAACAGGUCUCAUGGAAAUUGUUACACAUCCUGAUCUCUCAAAUGGAGAAGAAGCUGCUGCGUUCGUGAAGGAAUUACAAAGCAUCCUUGUGGCAAUUGGGGCAUGUGACGGGAAAAUGGCAGAAGGAUCAAUGAGAGUGGAUGCGAACAUCUCUGUCCAUCACCCUGGUGAGGCUUUUGGGAUCAGGACAGAAGUCAAAAACAUCAACAGUAUAAGAAAUGUUGCCAAGGCUAUAGAAUUUGAAAUUGCACGGCAGAUCAUGGUGAUAAGCGGAGGUGGGGAAGUGACCAAUGAGACACGCUCAUUUGACAUGGAAACAGAUGAAACUGUGCCAAUGAGGGACAAAGAAAUCAAACAAGACUACAGAUUUAUGCCUGAACCUAACUUACCCACAUUGAGACUGUAUGACAAUACAGAUAAUGUUAAGGGAGUUAACCCUGAACAGGUCAUAAACAUCGACUCUCUGCGGAGUUCUCUUCCAGAAUUACCUGGGCAGACCAGAAGGCGUCUACAGGAAAAGUAUGCCCUGUCUGUGGAGAACAGUGUAUUUCUGGUGAACAGCGAAGGAAUGGUUGAGUACUUUGAAGAUGUUAUGGAAACUUCUGCUAAAAAUGCAAAAACUGUGUGUGAUAUUCUCAAGAUUGAUCUUACGUACUACUUAAAAGAAAGACAGAUUAACGUGAAGGACUGUGGUGUAAGUGCAGAGAAAUUUGGAGAACUUUGUGCACGAGUUGACAAUGGGCUGUUAUCUAAGAGUAUGGCCAGUAAAGCUCUGCUCCUAAUGCUUGAAAAUUCUGCAAAGAGCUUAACUGAAAUAGCCAUUGAGAAUAACCUGUUUUUGAUAACUGAUGCAGCUUUAGUGGAAAAAUGGUGUGUUGAAGUAAUAGAGGAAUACCCAGGGCUAGUUAAAAAAUAUAAAUCUGGGAAACAGAAAGUUUUCCACAAAUUGGUGAAUUUAGUUGUGGUGAAAUCUGAGAAAAGAGCGAGUGGAAAACAUGUAGUUGAAGUGAUGACUAAGCUCCUGAAUGGUUAACAGCUGGAGCUCAUAGUAUUGUACAUUGGUCAGAUUUGCUUAUAUGAUGUUCUUUU